AUGAGGCGACGAACCGGCAUCGAGGACCUUAGGGCAUCCUACACCUACACCCAGACCAUCGGCCCGGCCUUUGCCGUCCGCCAUCCAUACCCCCAACAUCUGGCCUUCUCAGACACGACCACAGCAAGUAGCUAUUCAACGGCGACGACUGCCUCUUCCCAUGGAUAUGCUCCACGCUGGCGGCGACCAAGCCGAAGCAGUGCCGACGGCCAAUAUGGCCAGAGUCCGCCGUUCUUUGCCAGCGUCUGCGUCCAGACGGUUGACCAGCUCCAGGAGGCCGCCGCGGAGAGCUUCCCCGGGAGGCGAGGCAGUCGUUGGUCUCACAGGACGGCGCUGAUAGUACCGGAUCUGAGCUCCGAGAUCUCGCGCAGCGUGUCAUGGAGGUCUGCCGGUCCUCUUGUCGUGUGCUUCCGCGUCCGCAGGUACGACUAUGGGGCAGAUCUGCGCUUUGACGAUGCUGCUGCGUGGCGGCGUAUUCGGCAGCUGGCGGCGGAGAAAGGCGCUGACGGCGUCGAGAGGGAGAUUCGCGGGAUGGAAGGACGGCUCUUGGUGUGCUGGGUCGUGAAGCGCCAGGGGAGGAUCAUAGAUCCCAGACUCGAGUUCCCUCAUUCUGGCGACAACGCCUUUGAGAGGAGACGAGAGCGGCGGGAUGCGAAUUCAGCUGGCUUGUCGUCGUUGCUGGCGGGUCCGUACAGCUACAGCCGGGAUUAUGACAUUAUCAAUGAGCAGAACCCGCUUGCUUAUUUGUUCCUGCCAAAUCCUUAUAAACUGCCGCCCCGACGUUGA